GGCGUUGACCCUUAAGCAAAUAGAUAAUGUUCUCGAAAAAGCUUGAAUUCUGUUCAGUGCUUUAUAACGAUGAAAACUGAAGUCGGAAAAGGUUGUAAAACCCUUUGACUCUCCACAGUGGAGUCCGUUGUUUCUUCUGGCUUCCUCAAGUUCCCGUUCACAGGGUUAUUGCCUGCAGAUUGCAAUCACCAUGUCUGACUCAGUAAUUCUUCGCAGUGUAAAGAAAUUUGGAGAGGAGAAUUAUGGCUUUGAGUCAGAUGGAUCACAUAGCAAUGAUAAAAACUCAAGGUUACAAGAUGAGAAGAAAAGUAACAGCAGUCAAGUUGGCUUCUUUCAAUUGUUUCGAUUUUCUUCAACAAGUGACAUUUGGCUGAUGUUUGUGGGAGCUUUAUGUGCAUUUCUCCAUGGACUAGCCUAUCCAGGCGUGCUACUCAUUUUUGGCACAAUGACAGAUGCUUUUGUUGACUAUGAUGUUGAAUUACAAGAACUCAAGAUCCCGGGAAAAGCGUGUGUGAAUAACACCAUAGUGUGGAUCAACAGCUCCCUCAACGAGAACGUGACAAAUGCAACACGUUGUGGGUUGCUGAACAUUGAAAGUGAAAUGAUCAGAUUUGCCAGUUAUUAUGCUGUAGUCGCUGUCACCGUCCUUAUCACAGGAUAUAUGCAAAUAUGCUUUUGGGUAAUUGCUGCAGCUCGUCAGGUACAGAAAAUAAGAAAAUUUUACUUUAGAAGAAUAAUGAGAAUGGAAAUAGGAUGGUUUGACUGCAAUUCAGUGGGAGAGCUGAGCACAAGAUUUUCUGAUGAUGUUAAUAAGAUCAAUGAUGCCAUUGCCGACCAAAUGGCCAUCUUCAUUCAGCGCAUGACCACAAGCAUCUGUGGAUUCCUGCUGGGAUUUUACCAGGGCUGGAAGCUGACCUUGGUGAUUAUCUCUGUCAGCCCUCUCAUUGGGAUUGGAGCAGCCAUCAUUGGUCUGAGUGUGUCCAAGUUUACUGACCAUGAAUUGAAGGCCUAUGCCAAAGCAGGGUCAGUGGCUGAUGAAGUCAUUUCAUCUAUGAGAACAGUGGCUGCUUUCGGUGGUGAGAAAAAAGAGGUUGAAAGGUAUGAGAAAAAUCUUGUGUUUGCCCAGCGCUGGGGAAUUAGAAAAGGGAUAGUGAUGGGAUUCUUUACUGGAUUCAUGUGGUGUCUCAUCUUCUUGUGUUAUGCACUGGCCUUCUGGUAUGGCUCCAAACUCGUCCUGGAUGAAGGAGAAUAUACGGCAGGAACCCUUGUCCAGAUUUUCCUCGGUGUCAUAGUAGGAGCUUUAAAUCUUGGCAAUGCAUCUUCUUGUUUGGAAGCCUUUGCAGCCGGACGUGCAGCAGCCACCAGUAUUUUUGAGACAAUAGACCGGAAGCCCAUCAUUGAUUGCAUGUCAGAAGAUGGUUACAAAUUGGAUCGAAUUAAGGGUGAAAUUGAGUUCCAUAAUGUGACCUUCCACUAUCCUUCCAGACCAGAGGUGCAGAUUUUAAAUAACCUCAGCAUGGUCAUUAAAUCAGGGGAAAUGACAGGUGUGGUAGGAUCCAGUGGAGCCGGGAAAAGCACGGCACUACAGCUCAUUCAGCGAUUCUAUGACCCCAGUGAAGGCAUGGUGACUUUGGAUGGCCAUGACAUUCGCUCUCUUAACAUUCAGUGGCUUAGAGCUCAGAUUGGUAUAGUGGAGCAAGAGCCUGUCCUGUUUUCCACCACCAUUGCAGAGAAUAUUCGCUAUGGCAGAGAAGAUGCAACGAUGGAAGACAUAGUCCGAGCUGCCAAGGAAGCCAAUGCCUACAACUUCAUCAUGGACCUGCCACAGCAAUUUGACACUCUUGUUGGAGAAGGAGGAAGCCAGAUGAGUGGCGGCCAGAAACAAAGAAUAGCCAUUGCUAGAGCCCUUGUCCGAAAUCCCAAGAUCCUGCUGUUGGACAUGGCCACCUCAGCGUUGGACAAUGAGAGUGAAGCCAUGGUACAAGAGGCACUGAGUAAGAUUCAGCGUGGACGUACAAUCAUUUCAGUUUCUCAUCGCCUAUCCACAGUCAGAGCUGCCGAUGUCAUUAUUGGUUUUGAACAAGGUACAGCAGUGGAAAGAGGCACCCAUGAAGAACUGCUGGAAAGAAAAGGAGUUUACUUCACUCUAGUGACUUUGCAAAGUCAAGGAGAUCAAGCUCUUAAUGAAGAGGACGUAAAGGGAAAAGACGAAACUGAAGGUGCCUUACUUGAGAGAAAACAGACCUUUAGCAGAGGGAGCUACCAGGCUAGUUUAAGAUCUUCCAUCCGGCAGCGUUCCAAGUCUCAGCUUUCUUUCCUGGUACAUGAUCCUCCAGUAGGUGUUAUAGAUCAUAAGUCUACUCCUGCAGAAGACAGACAGGACAAGGACAUUCCUGUGGAAGAAGAAGAAGUUGAACCUGCCCCAGUUAGAAGGAUUCUGAAAUUCAAUGCUCCGGAAUGGCCCUACAUGCUGGUAGGGGCCGUGGGUGCAGCUGUCAAUGGCACAGUUACACCCGUCUAUGCCUUUCUGUUCAGCCAGAUUCUUGGGACUUUUUCACUUCCUGAUAAAGAAGAACAAAGGUCACAGAUCAAUGGUGUGUGCCUGCUCUUUGUAGCAAUGGGCUGUGUAUCCCUUUGCACUCAAUUUCUGCAGGGGUAUGCUUUUGCUAAAUCUGGAGAGCUCCUCACAAAAAGGCUACGCAAAUUUGGUUUCAGGGCAAUAUUGGGGCAAGACAUUGGCUGGUUUGAUGACCUCAGAAAUAGCCCUGGAGCGCUAACCACAAAGCUUGCUACAGACGCUUCUCAAGUUCAAGGGGCUGCCGGCUCACAAAUUGGGAUGAUGGUCAAUUCCUUCACUAACAUCACUGUGGCCAUGAUCAUUGCUUUCUCCUUUAGCUGGAAGCUAAGCCUGGUCAUAGUGUGCUUUUUCCCUUUCUUGGCUUUAUCGGGAGCUGUACAGACCAGAAUGUUGACAGGAUUUGCCUCUCAAGACAAGCAGGCUCUGGAGAUGGCGGGACAGAUUACGAGUGAAGCCCUCAGUAAUAUCCGCACUGUUGCUGGAAUUGGAAAGGAGAGGCAGUUUAUUGGAGCCUUUGAGACUGAGCUGGAGAAGCCAUUCAAGACAGCUAUUCGAAAAGCGAAUAUUUAUGGAUUCUGCUUUGGUUUUUCCCAAUGCAUAGUGUUUGUUGCGAAUUCUGCUUCCUACAGAUAUGGAGGCUACUUAAUUCUCAAUGAGGGUCUCCAUUUCAGCUAUGUGUUCAGGGUGAUCUCUUCAGUUGUGUUGAGCGCAACAGCUCUUGGAAGAGCCUCUUCUUACACCCCAAGUUAUGCCAAAGCUAAAGUAUCAGCUGCACGUUUUUUUAAACUGCUGGACCGACAACCGCCAAUCAAUGUAUACAGCAAUGCCGGUGAAAAAUGGGACAACUUCCAGGGGCAGAUUGACUUUGUUGACUGUAAAUUUACAUAUCCUUCUCGACCUGAUGUGCAAGUUCUGAAUGGUCUCUCAGUCUCGGUUAGUCCAGGGCAAACACUGGCAUUUGUUGGAAGCAGUGGAUGUGGCAAAAGCACCAGUAUUCAACUGUUGGAACGUUUCUAUGAUCCUGACAGAGGGAAGGUGAUGAUAGAUGGGCAUGACAGCAAAAAAGUGAAUGUCCAGUUUCUCCGCUCGAACAUUGGAAUUGUUUCCCAGGAACCGGUGUUGUUUGCCUGUAGCAUAAUGGACAAUAUCAAGUAUGGGGACAACACCAAAGAUAUUCCCAUGGAAAAAGUCAUAGAAGCUGCAAAGCAGGCUCAGCUGCAUGACUUUGUCAUGUCACUCCCAGAGAAAUAUGAAACUAAUGUUGGGUCCCAGGGGUCUCAGCUCUCUCGAGGGGAGAAACAACGCAUUGCUAUUGCUCGGGCCAUUGUACGAGAUCCUAAAAUCUUGCUGCUGGAUGAAGCUACGUCUGCCUUAGACACGGAAAGUGAAAAGACAGUGCAGAUUGCCCUGGACAAAGCCAGAGAAGGUCGGACCUGCAUUGUCAUUGCCCAUCGCUUGUCCACCAUCCAGAACUCGGAUAUCAUUGCUGUCAUGUCACAGGGGAUAGUGAUUGAAAAGGGGACCCACGAGGAACUGAUGGCCCAAAAAGAAGCCUACUACAAACUUGUCACCACAGGAGCCCCCAUCAGUUGACCUGACUCAAGAACUUCACGCACAGAAGAUGCACCAAUGACAGGGGUGCUAUGGAUUAUUUUGUUGCUGUUGUUAAGGAGAAAUGUGGAUAUUUUACUUUUACUUUUACUUUACAUUGUUGUACACUAGGAUCUAAGCUAAUUUCUGGUGCGCUUCAAUUCUAGUGACCUUCAAUAAUAAUUUAGUUUCAGUGUCUAUAUAUAGAAAAUGAAAGAAACUAGGAUCAGCAUGAGUAAAAAUCUAGUGUCAAGCAGCUGCUCAGCCAUCACCCAGUACUUUCUCCAUGCAGGAGCCAGUCCCAAUUACUACAUGGGAAUUAGCAAGAAGUCUUGGGGUAAAUGAGACUUUGAACUCCUCAAGGGCAAAGGACUGCCCUUUGUAUUUUUGAACCCUCAAUGUACACAGAACUUGGUCCAUAAUGGGUACUCAGCAGGUGUUUGUUGAGUUAGACCAAGGUCAUAUGUGAAAACUGAAGACCAACUGUAUUUCUUGAAAAGUGUUCUUGCCUGUGAAAGCAGAUUCAUUCAUCACUAAGAUGAGGAUGGGGAAAGGAGGUCUUUGACACACUGGAUGCUCUCAGGCUGAGGGAGGCAGAAAGGAGCAAGUAUUAGCAGGGGCUUACCAGUUAGAGGUGUUGAUUUAUAGGUUCAGGCUGUGGGGUGUGGGUGGUGAAGUCACCAUUUACUAGACGAGAAUCUGCAGGUGUGGCUGGAGCAGGGGACUCUAUCCCAGGCCUUGUGUUCCUCAUCGACCCUUCCACAUUGGGUGCUGUUCUUUGUUUCUACAAAAUCCUAUCUAUGAAAUAAAACACAGUGCAUUUUACCUAGUGUAGCUUCAUAUAGUGUUAUACAAAAAAGCCAGUUAAACAUGGCAGAAGAAGGUUUGUCCUUGUUCCCUUAGGACACCACUAAAUGACGUUAAAAGAAUUCCAGAAGGCAUAAAACUCACAAGAAUGAAGAAAACAAAGUGAUGAUAGCAACAUAUUUUGGGAGCCAGAAAGCAAAUGGACAACUGAUAAUGGAUUUAAAAGAGGAGAGAAAACAAAGAUGUAAUAUGUUAGUGGGGGAAGCCUAGGAACAACUCAUUUUGUACCACAGAUCCCAAGAAAGGCUCAGAAUGGAAAGACAAUGGAUCUUUCUGGUAAGGGUGAGGGGAGGUCAGAUGGGACUGAAGACAGAAGAAUGGGCUGAAAGCCCACAUAGAAACAGAAGUGUGGAGCCCUCUUCUGCAGCCGAUGGCUACCCUCCGCCAAUCCCAGCAGAAGACUGGAUAUUCCCUCUCUGAAGAAGCUCACAGAAAGGCUCAUGCUUAGGGACACAAGUCGCAGUUGAAGGGGCAGCUAACAUACAGGAGACGGGAUUGAAUGUAAAGCUAUAUGUGAACAGAAAAAAUCUCCAGCUCCCCGCCCACUCUUCUCACAAGAGAUUGAAGUGUUAUUCUCUGGGAAACUGGCUAUUCCAAGGAAAGAGACCAACUAGAUCCUCCAAAGAAACUCCCCAGUCAGAUUACCCUACUGUGAAGCCCACCUGCCAACAACAUGCACCCACUCACUCAGAGCUGCCAUUGGCUUUUCAGAGCCUCACUCUUGUAUGGGAGCAGACUGCCAACGAUGACCAGACAACAAGGAAAUAUUUUAACAUAAAAAGCAAAAAUGACAACAGAACACCUUGGAAAAAGGAUAUUAGAGGUAACAGAGACAAUGCAAGAUUAGGAAAACAUUCAAAUAGUGCUGAUAAAUUUACUCCAUGAGAUAAGAGAAGAUAUUCCCAUCUAUUUAAAUAAAAACAAGAGUUCGUAAAAAUGAACGUACAAAAAAGAGCUCUUGAUAGCAGAAAUGAAAAAUUCAAUAGGAGGAUUGACAGUUCCCAAGAAGUGGUCCCGCCAUCAAGAUGUUUUCUCCUUAUGUCAUCUCCUUCCCAAGCCCACUCAAAGUAUACAUUUUUUCUUCUCAUGACCAGCAAAUGAAAUUCUCCCUACAAAUUAAGCCUGAGCUGUUGUAUAUCGAGGUGUAUUAUUGAUGUCUCUGGUCCAGUGUUUCCUGGUAAAUAGACAUAAAGAUGGUAUAGCAGGUUAACCAGUUAGAUCAGAAGAGUAGCUGGUUGCCAUGUCUGGGAGGGAGAGGUUGGAGGAAUGCAUUCUGGUUAAGUAAUGGAAAAUGGCAGUGACAAGUAAGUUGUAGAAUAAAGAUGCAGCUAGAAGGAAUUAAGUUUUGCAGUAAGUACAUGCUCAUCCUAUAAUACUGAAGAAAAAAGACGAAAAUCCAUUUGUUUAAGUUUGCAUUAUAAAGAGAAAUAACAUAAGCUCUGUGCUGAGUGGCUCCAGUUUCCUGGAAUGAAAUGUGUGGGGUGUGAAAAAGGAAUGAAUAAGAACUAUUUUUCACAUCAGUUACUUGGAAGUUAUUGAUGAGAGGGAAAAUGUCGACUGGAGAGGGCUUGAAAUGAUUUGGGCAAAUGAUUGCUUUUUGAGGCUCAGGGACAAGAGGGAGAAUUACAACUUCAAAAAUAUGAGAAUAAAGUUGCAAGUUGUUUUACAACACCAA